CUCAAAUUCUGUGUCCAAAAAUGGAGAAGGAGACGAGUGCCUGCAGAGCUCAUUGUUUAAUCUUAGCCUAUCCAACUCAAGGACACAUUAAUCCUAUGAUGGAAUUCUCCAAGCGUUUGAGGCACAGAGGAGUAGAAGUUACGCUGGUUACCACCUACUUCAUCUCCAAGGACAUACAAAAAGAAGCAAGCUCCAUUACGCUCGAGACCAUCUCCGAUGGCUAUGACGAAGGCGGGAUAGCGCGAGCCGAGAACGUCCAGGUUUAUUUGGAGCGCUUUUCGCAAGUCGGUUCGCAAACCCUGACCGAGCUCCUCGAGAAACUUUCUAUCUCAGGCUGCCCGGUUGACUGUAUUGUUUAUGAUCCUUUCUUGCCAUGGGCUCUAGACGUAGCCAAAAAAUUUGGGUUAUUCGGGGCUGCGUUUUUCACUCAAUCUUGUGCCGUUGAUAUUACAUACUACCAUGUUCACAAAGGAGAGCUGAAACUCCCUCUUUCAGAACCAGAAGUUUUGCAGCUUCCUGGUUUGCCACCUCUUGAACCUCAGGACCUGCCGUCCUUCAUUUAUAAAUUAGGAUCGUACCCAGGUUGCUUGGAGAUGUUUGUGGGGCAAUUUUCUAAUGUUGAGAAAGCUGAUUCGAUCCUUUGCAACACCAUUUAUGAGCUGGAGCAAGAGGCUGUGGAUUGGAUGUCCAAGAUAUGGCCAAUGAGGACUGUGGGACCAACUAUUCCAUCUAUGUUCUUAGACAAGCGGCUUGAAGAUGACAAAGACUAUGGUUUCAGCAUCUUCAAACCAAACACCGAUGCUUGCCUGAAAUGGCUAAAUGAUCGUCCAAAAGAGUCGGUUGUUUAUGUUUCUUUCGGGAGUUUGGCCGCUCUUGAAGCUGAGCAAAUGCAAGAACUAGCUUGGGGUUUGAGGAUGAGCAACAGCUAUUUCUUGUGGGUGGUCAGGGCCUCAGAAGAGGCAAAGCUCCCCAAAAACUUUGUGGAGGAGACGUCGGAGAAGGGAUUUGUGGUUCACUGGUGUCCUCAGUUAGAGGUCUUAGAACACGAGGCAGUGGGAUGCUUUGUGACACACUGUGGGUGGAACUCUACGUUGGAGGCCCUGAGCUUCGGUGUUCCAAUGGUGGCAAUGCCACAAUGGACAGACCAAAGCACGAAUGCAAAGUUUAUUAUGGAUUUUUGGAAGAUGGGACUUAAAGCUCCGGUUGAUGAGAAAGGUUUAGUCAGGCGAGAAGCAGCAGAGCAUUGCAUAAGGGAAAUAAUGGAGGGAGAGAGAGGGAAAGAGAUUAAGAAAAAUGCCUUCAAAUGGAGGAAAUUAGCAAAAGAGGCUGUUGACAUAGGUGGAAGUUCUGACAAAAACAUUGAAGAAUUUGUAGCUACAUUGGUUCGGUCCUAAGUUGCGGUCGGUUCGGACCAGUCUAAACAGGAAUGUAAUGUUUCUGUUGAUUAAAUAAUUGCUCAAAACCUGUCUUUAGCUGU